UUAGUGGACUCAAGGCUCAGGCAGAGGCACUAGACGAAAAUGUGUGACGAAGAAGUAACUCCCCUGGUUGUGGACAAUGGCUCCGGCAUGGUCAAGGCCGGCUUCGCCGGCGACGACGCUCCCCGCGCCGUCUUCCCCUCCAUCGUCGGCCGUCCUCGUCACCAGGGUGUGAUGGUCGGUAUGGGUCAGAAGGACGCCUACGUCGGUGAUGAGGCCCAGAGCAAGAGAGGUAUCCUGACUCUCAAGUACCCCAUCGAACACGGCAUCAUCACCAACUGGGACGACAUGGAGAAGAUCUGGCAUCACUCCUUCUACAACGAGCUGCGUGUUGCCCCUGAGGAGUCCCCAGUCCUCCUGACGGAGGCUCCCCUCAACCCCAAGGCCAACCGUGAAAAGAUGACACAGAUCAUGUUCGAGACCUUCAACACCCCCGCCAUGUACGUGGCCAUCCAGGCCGUGCUGUCCCUGUACGCCUCUGGUCGUACCACAGGUAUCGUGCUGGACUCCGGUGAUGGUGUUACUCACACCGUUCCAAUUUGGGAGGGUUAUGCUCUUCCCCACGCUAUCCUUCGUCUCGACUUGGCUGGCCGUGACUUGACUGCCUACUUGAUGAAGAUCAUGACUGAGCGUGGUUAUUCCUUCACCACCACGGCUGAGCGAGAAAUCGUUCGCGAUAUCAAGGAGAAACUUUGCUACGUUGCUCUAGAUUUCGAGAAUGAAAUGAAUUUGGCAGCUGCAUCUUCCUCCCUUGAGAAGUCCUACGAACUUCCUGAUGGUCAGGUCAUCACCAUCGGUAACGAACGUUUCCGUUGCCCAGAGUCCUUGUUCCAGCCUUCCUUCCUGGGUAUGGAAUCUGUUGGUAUCCAUGAGACCGUCUACAACUCCAUCAUGAGGUGCGACAUUGAUAUCAGGAAGGACCUGUUCGCCAACAACGUUUUGUCUGGUGGUACCACCAUGUACCCUGGUAUUGCUGACCGCAUGCAGAAGGAAAUUACAUCUCUAGCUCCUCCAACCAUCAAGAUCAAGAUCAUUGCUCCUCCCGAGCGUAAGUACUCCGUCUGGAUCGGUGGCUCCAUCCUGGCCUCUCUGUCCACCUUCCAGUCCAUGUGGAUCACCAAGGAGGAGUACGACGAGUCCGGACCAGGCAUCGUCCACCGCAAGUGCUUCUAAAUCAUUAUCAAUAUACGAAUGUAUACCUCAAGAAGAGUAUUAUUCCGAAUUAUUAUACAUCUCUAUUAUUCAUCAAUCUCAUCUACGAAAUAUAAAAUCAUCUUUUGUACAUGAGUCAAUAAAAUGUUUCAACAACA